CAUAACGAUCUAGUGUAAGAACUUCUGAUUGGCUCUUCGUGCAUGAUGUCACUAUGUAUCCACUGUAUCCACACGGAUUGAAUAAUUCAAAGUGUUAGUUAUUGAUGGGAGAAAUUGUUGUUAGGAUAUUGUAUAGAAUGGGGAUAUUAAGAUUUGAUUUGUACGAAGCAAAAUGUAUUUAUCAUCGAGCCAGAAUUUCUUAAAAUGUCUUCAAAAUAGGUGCACACUAACUGGUUGUUAAGUUAAAGCAAUUUUAUUUUACUACAUUUUUCUCCGUAAAGAGGAUCAUAUAAAAUAUUAAAUAUCGCGCAUACAAAGUCCAUAAAGAGGGAACACUGUGCUGCUACAGUAAGCUAAAUAAACACUACAGAUAGAAUAACCUUAUCAUGUCUGCGACUGAGUCCCAGUCGGGUGUGCUGGAAAGAUCAGGUAAUUAUGCUCAAUUUAAUUACACAUAGCUAUUGUCUAGAAAAAUAUACUAAGUAAUAAUGAAAAAUAUAAUUUUAUAUUUUAUAGUGUACCGGUGCCGAUAAUAAAGCCCACAGACCAGUGGGUACAUAUUAAAUUUGUCUUAAAAUUAAUUAUACCAUAACAAAUUUUGUAAGGAAACUGAUUUCUAAACUGUUAAACGUAAGAACCGUUGUUCCGUUUUAUUUCCACCAGAACAGUUCCGCGGCAAAACCACGAUGACCACACGAGAAGAUGCUGACCGAUAUCUGGCGGACGAGCCACUUCUUACAGGGGACAAUACCAGGAAGGUAACUGAUCAUAGUGUUUUAUCAGGCAAAUGUUGAUGGCUGAUGCUGAUGUUGUCAAUGUGAUUAGUGCAGAGGAUGUGGUGGAGGUGAUGUACUGGAUGUGAUGUAGUCAAAGUAAUUAAUGGAGGUGAUAUGGUGGAUGUGAUGUAGUGAAGGUGAUGUAGCCAAAGUAAUGUGAUGGAGCUAAUGUAGUAAAAUUAAUGUAGUGGAGGUGUUGUAGUCAUAGCCUACUUUGAAUUCGUAAAAAUAUAAUGAUAAUUGAAGGUACACGAAGAUGAUGAAGUUGAAGUCGACUCCACGGCGGGUGCCAGAAAUUUGAGCAUCGCUCUUAUCAUUCUGUCCUUGAUCAUGCUAAGUUAUUCCAUCUUCAACGACGCAUUUUCACAGUGGAUUUAUGUUGAGUUUGAAAUGAUGGUACUUGGAACAAACUGGUCCUUGGCCAACACAUCAACGUAAGUAACUCGAAAUAUACCUGAAGAUCUUUUGGCAGCGUGUUUUAGAUCAACCUUUUCGUGUUUUAGAUCUUCUUUAUCGUGUUUAAGAUCUUCCUUAUCGUGUUUUAGAUUUUCCUCAUCAUGUUUUAGAUCUUCCUUAUCAUGUUUUAGAUCUUCCUUAUCAUGUUUUAGAUCUUCCUUAUCAUGUUUUAAAUCUUCCUUAUCAUGUUUUAGAUCUUCCUUAUCAUUUUAGAUCAUCUUUAUGGCGUUUUAAAUCUUCCUUUUCAUGUUUUAUAUUUACUUUAUAGUGUUUUAGAAUUCCUUUUCGUGUUUUAGAACUUGAUUAUCAAGUUGUAAUCUUCUUUUUUGUGUUUUAGAAUUUCCUUGUGGUGUUUUAGAUCGUCCUUAUCAUGCUUUACAUCUUCCGUAUCGUGUUUGAGAUCUUUCUUUUCGUGUUUUAGAUCUUCCUUUUCGUGUUUUAGAUCUUCUUUAUGUCAAAGAUAUUCUAAUCAGAAAUGACUUCCGUCCUUAUUUUCAAAAUGAAAGGUAAACUAGACUGAGGAAAAUGUUGUUAAAUUUGUUUCUUUCAUCAACCACACACACACACACAAUUGUCUCAUCUCUGUAGGGCGAAUGACCCAUGUAUACACGGCACCAACAACACCGACCCAUGGACUGACCAAAUGAAUGAAGCCCAAGCUCUGACGUCACGUUUCAACGUUUGGUCCAUGCUGGUCUCCCUUCUUCCCGCCUUCUGCACGAACAUCCUGCUGGGCGCCUACUCGACCAGGAUCGGACGACGUACUCUCUUCAUUGUCCCGACUUUUGGUGAGACUUUUCCAAAAGUUUUUUUUUGAAAAUCAGUUUCAUAACAAAGGUUCAUCCUAAUCAAUCACCCAUGGAACUAAAAUGUUAAUGUUAAGAUAACUAAAAGUUGCUACAUAUGUUUGCUAACAAUUUUUCAAUCUGCGCUUUCGACCACUCAAAUUUAAUUUUGUCCUGAAAUAAUGGCGGCCAUCUAUCUAUACAAUAUGUGACGUGAACCACGUUAAUGUUACACAAACCAAAUGAAUUUAUGAACGUACAAUUACAUUAACAUAUAAAGGUAAUUAACGUCAAAAUAUGCCUGACGUGUUAUUGAUGGGAAGUCAUGAAAGGGGACUUCCGUAUUUUAAAUACGUUAUUCAUAUCACCCUUGUGGUGGAUGAACAUUUUUUAAAAAGGGGGGUGGGGGUUAGGUUGAUGUGCAGACGUGUGGUUAUGCCAUCACCUUGGUUGUGCCAUCAUCUUGGUUGUAUAUCCUUAAGUCUUAAGUAUGGGGCCUAUAUAAUACCGAGAAAAGUACCAACUCCUUGAUUGCAAACCCCCCCCCCCCCUAAAACAGCCUAAUGUAUAGUUCCGCUCAAAGAGAACAAACAGACAAGAAGUUCAUAUAGAAACUUUCACAUUUCCAAAAACUAGUUUUUAUUUUCCUCCAUCAUUAAAAACUUGUUUUUAUUUUCCCCCCACAUUGGGCCCCCCCCCCCAAAUGGGGGCCCGGGGGGGGGGGGCGCAUCCUCAGCUCCCGCCCUGUAUACUACUGGGAUUUACUUGGGGGGGGGGGUAAUCACAUCUUGAAACUUCCCAACAACAAAAUAUUUUCAGGAUUGUAGAAGACAGAAAUGAAAUCAUUUAAUUGGCUAUUGGUAGUGUUGUCCGUGGCAAUAGAAUCUGAUAUACUUUACUUUACCAACUUGGUAGGUUUGUGUGCCAGAAUGGCUGUCAACUGCAUAGUGGCGUACUGGCGACUCAGCGUGUACUGGACAUUUGUUGGAAUGGGCAUUGCAGGGAUCACGGGGCAUAUGCCCGCUUUGUUUAUGGCCGUCUAUGUGUACACGGCAGACAACACGGGGCACAAGAGGAGCAGGUCAUUUGGUAUGGUUGUGGCUCAGGUAGGUGUAAAACAGUACGUGUAUGUACGUGAACACGUAAACAAUGUAAAUGUUCAUUACGAAGACAAUUUAUACUUGGGAAAUACGUAAAAGAUCACCUAUAAACAAGUGUGGGCAACCCCAAUGCAAAUAGACUAAUUGUUGGAACUGGACAACAUUAAAGCCAUUGAAGGGGUCCAAUAAGUUUUCUUGAACCAACACUAAAUUGCAUUGUAUACAUUAAAUUUUGUUUUUAACUGUUAUCAAAGCAUUUAAAUUUUGUGAAAAAUAUUUACUUUAUAAAGAGCAUAAACUUAGACCCCAUCCACUAAACGCCCUUCUGAUGUGCAAAGUAGGAAUUCAGUUGUUUCGUGAUACAUUUCACUUUGACAUUGAAAAUUGAAGAGGAAAAGUCGUCAGACUAUUGCUUUGAACAAAGAUUAGCUUGAAGUGUAGUAAAUGUGUUAACUAUACAAAAUGACUUAGCAAUUAGUAAUGCAAACAUAAAUGGACUAGAAUAAUGACACAUGGACACGCAGGCUAACUUAUGUAAUGCAGGCUAUAUUACUAGCCACAUCAAUAAUACUGACUAUAUCAAUAGUAAUGACUACAUCAGAAAUACUGACUACAUCAAUAAUGCUGACUUCAUCAAUAAUACUCAUUAUAUCAAUAAUACUCACUAAUAGCCUAUCAAUAAUACACACUAUAUCACUAAUAGCCUAUCAAUAAUACACACUAUAUCAAUAAUACAAACUAUAUAAAAAAUACUGACUAUACUAUUUGCUGAAACUUUUAAAUUUUCAUUUUGUGUAACUAAAAUUAAAGCCCCUCAAUAUGUAUUGCUGUAUUUACACAAAUUUUCGGUGUCUCAAUCAUUUGACUCAAUAAUACUGACUACAUCAACAAUGCUGACUAUAUCAAUAAUACUGACUACAUCAAUAAUACUGACUACAUCAAUAAUACUGACUACAUCAAUAAUACUGACUACAUAAAUAAUACUGACUACAUCAAUAAUACUGACUACAUCAGUAAUACUGACCACAUCAAUAAUACUGAGUACAUCAGUAAUACUGACUACAUCAAUAAUACUGACUACAUCAAUAAUACUAACUACAUCAAUAAUACUGACUACAUCAAUAAUACGGACUACAUCAAUAAUACUGACUACAUCAAUAAUUUUUAACGCUAUGGUAAAACCUGUGCUGCUAUAUGGAGCCGAGACAUGGAGAACAACGGCCGUAAACCUUACCAGAAUCCAGUCCUUCAUCAACAACUGUCUAAGAAGGAUUCUCAGAAUUCACUGGCCAGACAAAAUCAGCAACCAGGAACUGUGGCAGCGGACUAAACAGAAACCCAUUGAGGAAGAGAUUCUCCAGAAGCGGUGGAGGUGGAUUGGUCAUACACUAAGAAAACCUGCUUCUAACAUAACAAAGCAAGCCCUGAAAUGGAACCCACAGGGUAAGCGGAAAAGAGGCCGUCCAAGAAACACUUGGCGCCGAGAAUUGGAGACAGACAUCAAGAAAAUUGGCCAUGAAUGGAAGAUCCUGGAGAAGCUGGCCCAGGAUAGAGAUGCCUGGAGGUCUCUCGUAGGUGGCCUAUGCCCUUGGAGGAACCGCAGACGCCGACGAUGAUCGGUGGAUGCCCCUCAUGGACGAGAAGGCUCAACAACAACAUCAAUAAUACUGACUACAUCAAUAAUACUAACUACAUCAAUAAUACUAACUACAUCAAUAAUACUGACUACAUCAAUAAUACUGACUACAUCAAUAAUUACUAACUACAUCAAUAAUACUGACUACAUUAAUAAUACUGACUAUAUCAAUAAUACUGACUACAUCAAUAAUACUGACUACAUCAAUAAUACUGACUACAUCAAUAAUACUAACUACAUCAAUAAUACUAACUACAUCAAUAAUACUGACUACCUCAAUAAUACUGACUACAUUAAUAAUACUGACUACAUUAAUAAUACUGACUAUAUCAAUAAUACUGACCACAUCAAUAAUACUAACUACAUCAAUAAUACUGACUACAUCAAUAAUACUGACUACAUCAAUAAUACUAACUACAUCAAUAAUACUAACUACAUCAAUAAUACUGACUACAUCAAUAAUACUGACUACAUCAAUAAUGCUGACUACAUCAAUAAUACUAACUACAUCAAUAAUACUAACUACAUCAAUAAUACUAACUACAUCAAUAAUACUAACUACAUCAAUAAUACUGACUACAUCAAUAAUACUAACUACAUCAAUAAUACUAACUACAUCAAUAAUACUGACUACCUCAAUAAUACUGACUACAUUAAUAAUACUGACUACAUUAAUAAUACUGACUAUAUCAAUAAUACUGACCACAUCAAUAAUACUAACUACAUCAAUAAUACUGACUACAUCAAUAAUACUGACUACAUCAAUAAUACUAACUACAUCAAUAAUACUGACUACAUCAAUAAUACUGACUACAUCAAUAAUACUGACUACAUCAAUAAUACUGACUACAUCAAUAAUACUAACUACAUCAAUAAUACUAACUACAUCAAUAGUACUGACUACAUCAAUAAUACUGACUACAUUAAUAAUACUGACUAUAUCAAUAAUACUGACUACAUCAAUAAUACUAUCUGAUAUUAAGGACAUAAAGGAUACAUAUAACAUAAUUAUUUCAUAUUAAACUUGUUAGUUGGCUAUUUUUUUUAAAUCCUGAAUGCUUUCUCCUCACAACAGUCGACAAGUCUGAUUUUCUACUCGCUCUCCCAUAUAGCCGUGGGGUAUUUCAUCAAAGCUGAAGGUUAUUUGUGGCCAAUGCUUGCGGCAACUCUGAUUAAUGUCCUGGCCCUGUGCAUUUGUGGUGUCUUCCUUAAAGAAACAUUGGUGACUAGAACAUUGGGCAAACGUAUGAGCUUAGUUGAAGGUAAUAUAUUUUUAAUAAUGAGUGAAAGGACAUUUUAAGCUAAUUUGAUACAUAUAGUAUAUUCUCUCUUCAGUAGCCAUACAUGUAACUAUAAGCUCAGGAAAUUCCAACACUCAAGAAGAUCCAUGAACUGUACAAAAGGACCUCAGAAAAUAACACAGUAAUAAGAAAAUAUUACUUUUUCCAGUAAAGAAUUUUGCCUGUUUUCAUAAAUUAAAUAGUUUAGAUUUAAGUUAGUGAUAAAAAAAGUCAUUAUUUCAAAGAUUGUUAUGUAUAUCUUGCUCACACUCAAUCUUUUAGUGUUCAAUAACGUUAUAAAGGAGAAAUAACUGCAUAUUCGGAAAAUGCAACACCGUUUCAAAAGUUGUCUCUCUUAGCGUUAGUUUCAGACUUGUGAUGGUAUGUAGAUCAUUAGAAACAUGUUCUUUAUAUAUAAAUAAGUUCUCCCUUUUUUACCUUCUCAGUACAGUCACCAGUAUGUACAAGUACAACUGUUAUGUUAUAAAAGUGCACCCUUAUAUUUACAUGUUAGCCGUAUGAGCAUUUCUUUUAACAAAUGGUGCAGUUUCAUUUUCUGCAAGUAACAUUUAUAGACAAAUAAAAUAUAAAUACUUAUGUGAAGGCCACAUUUAAUUAUUUGUAUUUAGUGGAAAAACUAUGUUACAGUGCAAUAAUGAUUUAAUAAUAUAAAUUCAGAUAUCCAGACAGCUUCAGUGUCAUUAAGAAUUUAUGAACUGUUUGCAAGCAUGUACAUAGUAAAAAAAAUUUAAAAAACUAGUACAGUGCAAACAAUUUUUUUUAAGUUUAAGGGUUAAAUUUCACCACUUGUUCUUUGCUGUAGAGGAUGAAGGAAGCAAACUUUGUAAUGUUCUUUAUUAAUAUGUGGUAUUGUCAUUGUUUGUUUAACAAUAGCUAUUAUCAAUAUUUAUAUAUUAUAUUUAAGAUAUUGCUCCAGUAAAAUAACAAUUACACUCGUAGGUGUCAAGAGCGUCUUCGUUUUCUACCUGAUAAAGACCGACAACCCCAGGUACAAGAGGAAAGACUUCCUCAUGCUGGGCUUUGUUUUCUUCAUGUACUCCACCUGUUUAGGUGUAACUAUCCAGAGUCUUUACCUCAUGAAUGAACCAUUGUGCUGGAGCUCAGUCAAGAUGGGGAAUGUCAUAACAUUUCAGGUCAGUUCACUAAAUGUUAAUUUCAUAAUUCAUCGGUUUUUUUUUAAUAUUUAUAUUGUCUUUUAUUAAAAGUAAGUAGGAUUUUUAAAGACAAAGAUUUAUACUUGGAUGACAGUGAUGACAGUUAAUGAAAGACAUUUGAUAGGCGUUGUUUUUUAUGUUGGAAGUAGAAUGAGUUUAUUAACACUAAGGUUGACUUACUUUAAAUUCGUCCUUUCAACCUGCUCUUUUUGUAUAUCUCUGUCUGUUUUUAACUAUCCAUUCAUCAGAUCAUCCUUAUAGUAUAGCCUAGGGAUUCAGCUAAAUGAACGUGAUACAAUACUUUGAUUAUAGACACAAUAUAAAGUAGUCCUAGAGAACCCAUGCUCUUGUGCAUGCUAACUCAAUCAGGAUGAUGAUUUUUUUUUCAUGUGUAAACAAAUGUUUAUUUUUAUUUUAUGUAUUUUUUACACCUUCCCGAAGGGUUUACUGAGUGCUUUCGCAUCCCUAGUGUUGAUGGGACUCUUACAAAGAUUUUUGACUGAUGAAAUUAUCUGUAUAAUCUCCCUUGGCUCAGGCGCUGCAAGUCGCUUUGUUCUUGCCUUUGCAUCUUAUGACUGGAUGAUAUAUGUCGGUAAAGUAGCUUUUCAAAAAUAUGAUCUUCCUUUGUAAACAAGUAAUUACCCUUUUAAUUGUCUUCACACCAUUAAUGGUACUGUUAGUGUCCAUAAAUGCAUUGUCAUAAAUUGUAAAAUCUGACCUAAAUAUAUCAAAAUUUGUUUCUGUCAUGGUUUGAGUUUGAUGAUUUUAACAAAUUAAAAUAAUGAACAUUUUCAAUUUUAUUGGUAUCAUAACAUAAAUUUGUGUUUUUUAAAACUAAAAAAUAACAUUCUAAUAUUAGAUCAAUUCUUUCUAUUAAUUGCAUGCAAUAAGAAUAACCUCUUUUAAAAAAAUGCCAUCAUUGUCCAAUAUUCAGCCUACACCAUAGGACUGUUUGAGCUGCUGCUACUUCCAAUCAUAAGAGCUAUUUUGUCUCGUAUAGUUUCAUCUGAACAGAGAGGUAAGUUGAAAUAAUUUAUAGCUAAAAGAAUAUCAAAUCCAAUUUUUUUAAUAACUGUACAUCAUAUUACAAAAACUAACAACAAAAACAUAAGAUCUUCACUAACCCACCUUUUAUGCAUGGGGCUUAUUUAAUUCAAUGACCUAAAAAUGUCUCAGUAAUUUCCUGUUCACCCGUCAGAGUGAGUUUGACCAUCACAUUUGAAAAUUAACUGACAUACAUGUUGAAAGUGAUACUUCUUCCAGUUAUCAUUUCCGUUCAAGAUUGGCACUUGGCCAUACCAAAAAAAAACAAAUAACUUCCUACAUGCUUCAUUCCAAAUUCAAUAAGGUUACCUCUGGGCAAUCAAUCAUUGUAUGCUGAAACUCAAACAAAGUAAACUAGAAAAAGUCAAGUGUAAAAUCAUUUUAAUCAUCAAAGGAGGUCCAUGUUUUUAUUUUGUGAAGCAGGGCCAGAACGGGGGGGGGGGAGGAGGCACUUGCCCCAGAUGAAUAAUAGCAAAUGGCACCUAAUUGCUAAUUGGUAAAAAACACUAAUUAAAAUUUUAAAAUAUAUACAUAGAGGUGCAAGUUCACCCUCCUGCCUCAGGUGAAAAUACCUCAAUGCCUAGCUCUACUGUGGAGAGAAGGGGAAAAAGAAAUGUUGAAAAAGGAUGGUGAAGGAGUCUGGGGACCCAAAAUAGUGUGUGAAUGAGUUUGACACGUUUAAAUGCUUGAAUGGCGGCAGGUCUAUUUGGGAGUUUUCAAACCCAUGUCAAUUUACUUCCUCAUCUGUUUUCCAGGCUCCUUGUUUGCCAGCAUUGCUGUGAUAGAAGUUGCCACUUUGGCUGUUGCUGGUGCCGGCCUAGAUGCACUUUAUUCUUUCACAGUGGACAUCUGGCACGGACUGACCUAUUUUGUUAUAGCCAUCUGUCUCGUCUUGGCAGGAACUGUCAUGGUGUAAUUAUAAAUAUUUACAUUCAAAUUAGAAAUUGAAGCAGAUUUAUAUUUAGAAAUGAUAUCGGACCAGUCUUUCUAAAAUCAUCACUGUGAGGGAACAAAAUAUAAUAUGAAGGCUCUGCAAUGAUUUUUCCACUAACAGUAAAGAGUGAUUUAUAUUGGAGAAUUUUUACAUUUUAGAAAUGGAUUAGAACUUCCGUCAUUUGUAUGGAGAAUUCUUAGUAACAAUUGAUAUCCAAGACACUUUCUGGUAUUUAUUAAUAUUUAGUUCUUAUAUUAUCAUGGUGUCCAGACAAUGUGAAAUAGAUACGGUAAUGAUAAUGGAUCAAUCAGGCUUUCACCUCAAACUUUGUAUUUUUCAGAGAUAUUAAGAUCAAGUAAAUAAAAUUAUUUAUGGCAAUGUUUAAAUCCAUUUUUAUUAAUAUCUGGAACUACCACUAAGCAAAGAAAUUGGUAAUUAAUAAGUAUCAGAUAUUUUUAAUGUGUUUUUAUUAAACAUCCACAAUUUUAAGAUGUUAUUAAGGAUAUCUUAAUCCUGUCAUUGGUCAACAGUUUCUGGCCAUUUGCAGAUGGAAUAGUUUAUAAUUUCCUCUAAGUCCCACAUUUAUUAGGAGAUAAAAUAUUCAUAAAUAAAAAUUAUAUUUUCCAGUGCUUAUAUCUUGGUGAUAUCCAAACGUGAAAUGAGCUCCAACCAUGGGACAGACAAAGCUACAGGCAAAACAGCAGACAAAAUACCAGACAAAACAGCAGAAAGUAGCUACAGAAGUAUAAAUGUUACUGCGAAUGAUGAGAAGCUACUCCAUGCUUAGCAGCCCUUAUUUAAUCUGAAAUAAUUUAUUAUAUAGGUUUUUAAUUAUUAACUCCAUAACCGUAUCACUUUAUUACUCUACCAUCAAUGACUCAACUACAUGAAUCUAUGACUCAAUUAUACCAUGAUUUCAUCACUCUGUAAUAUCAUUACUCCAUUACUGAAUCUGUACAUUAGGAAAGGGCGUCAGCAAGCUAUCGAACUAUAAAGCUUUUAAUGCCCUCCCGAAAGCACCACCCUCAAGUCCAAAAAAAGUCCUUUAACAGGCCAUGAAGCGGCAGGUUGGAGAUCUCCUACUUCUAGGACUGUCCCGUCUGUAACCUCACUUGCUUGACUAGCUAUACGGGGGCUAUCUCAACCAAAGGACAUCAUCCAGUCGGUCGGUGAUGUUGCUCACCCAACAUCAGCAGUUGACUUUCCCAGGGGGUGGGAUGGUUUAUUCCCUUCCUAAUAUUUCCACCUGCCCUUCCAAGGGAAGCACUGGUUGCCCUCUAAUAGUGUGUUGUUUUUUUUACAGUGGGUUUCUACCUCACAAAUAGUUCAUGAAGUAGAUGGGACAUAAUGGUUGCCUAGGAACAGCCUCUUAAAUGGCAUCUUUAGCAUGAGGCUGCCACUACCCACCACAUGACUCAUAUCCGUCAUCUGCACCAUAGUAAUCAUGAUCCCUAAUGUUAUUUCAACUGCAGAUAUGCCCACAGCUGGCAGUAGCACUGUCUUUGCUACAAUGUUUGGCAGAUAUCAUGCAUCCCCUUUGUCUGCCCAUGCAGGCUCAUGCAAUGGUGGUUAUGUUCCCCGGUUAGCGCCAGGGAAUCUGUGACAGUGCCUCCUUAGUCUGCAGGCCACAGAUAUGUCAACUAGAGCCAUGUGGGGAGACUCCAGUACUCUAUGACUACAGUGGUUCCAUGACUACAUUACUCUAUGACUUCAUUUCUACAUGACUCUCUGACCCCAUUACUAUAUGAGGAAAUGACUUCAUCACUCUACUUCUCCUAAUUUAUAAACCAGACUCUUUUUUCUAGUCUCAAAUUAUUUUCUUCUAUAAUGGUGUUGCCCUAAUGUAUUAUGAAUCACUUCAGAUCUGCUGUAAAUCUUGUAAAACAUUUGACCAUCUCUGGUGAUCAUUUCUUUCUUAUUGAGCUAUUCAAAGAUCUGUAGUGUAAGCCAUAUUUUAAUGACUAGACUAUGUUCUUUUGUAUUUUAUGGCACUGAUCUUCAUGUCAGUGGUUUUCAACUGCUGGUCUACAGGACAGUGCAUAGACAUUGCUGGGGGGCCAUGCAAAUUGCAAAUGUUAUUGCCACACAAUAUACUUGAAUAAGGAAGACUUUUUCUUUAAAUAACCAGAGAAACUGGAUGGACGCCAACAGAGAUUUUUCCCUCAAAAACUGGACUGCAGCCAUUGUCAUACUCACUGGCAAAGAUGCAGCUGGACAUUUCUCAAUGAUUUUAUUUGAAUUAAAUAAGUCAAUCUUUUAUUAGCAUUUGUUUUGCUGCUGGUUUUCACAUUAUUAGAUGGAGAACUUGUAUUUAUAUUUUGUAAAAUAUUUGUUUUAAAUAAUGAACAAUAUAUAAUUAUAAAUAAAUAAAUUUUAAGUUAGCAAUGCGCUAUUGUAAAACAUACUUAAAAUCACAGCUUCAAAUAGGAUACGAUCUCCUUCAAAUAGGAUACCACAGCUUCAAAUAGGAUACGAUCUCCUUCCCCUUUUAGAAAUUCAUUUAAUAUUUAACCACAGGAUAAUUUUAUAUAAGGAUUUGAUAUGUUAGUCCCAAAAUUAAUAACUGCAUAAAAAUGUGUAAUAAUCUUACAAAGAAAUCAAAAACGUAGCAAUGGUGUCGC